UAUUCAGUAGAUUGUCAUAUGUUUUCGGGUGUAUUGAUAAGGACACGGAUGCAUGCUGCGACUUUCUGGUGCUGACAGAGGCGCCCUCGGAGAAGUUUGUCGAAGUGCGGCCGCCGUACUUCCUGAAUCUUCGGGUGCGGUUUUUGUGGAGUUUGUUGAUGAAUCGAAACAGUUUUGCCGGAGUGCAGUGACACUGCUUUUCUCGGAUUCCGGCAAUAAAAUGCCAUUUGCAAGAUGGUCAUUUGACAGACAAAAGUGUUAACUCUUUGCCUUUUUUACUGAUUGUCCCGACGGCGAUUUUUGGGAAUGCGACUUCGAAAUGGGAAACCUUUUUGGCAAAAAGAAAAGCGCUACUCGUGUCACGGAACAGGACAAAGCAGUUUUGCAACUGAAGCAGCAGAGAGAUAAACUGAAGCAGUACCAGAAACGGAUCUCGCAGCAGCUGGAGAAGGAGAGGCUUCUAGCCAAACAGCUGCUGAAAGAUGGGAAGAAAGAGAAAGCCUUGCUUUUGCUGAAGAAGAAACGCUACCAGGAACAGCUGCUGGACAAGACAGAGACACAGAUAAGCAACCUGGAGCACAUGGUUCAAGAUAUUGAAUUUGCCCAGAUUGAGAUGAAAGUCAUCGAGGGGCUGAAGGUUGGCAACAGCUGCCUGAAGAAGAUGCACGAGGUGAUGUCCAUAGAGGAAGUGGAGAAGAUAAUGGACGAGACUCAAGAUGCCAUCGAGUAUCAGAGGCAAAUCGACGAGAUGCUGUCAGGCUCGCUGACGCAGGAGGACGAAGACGCCGUGCUGGCUGAGCUGAAGGCCAUCACACAGGAGGAUGUAGCCCUUCCAGAAGUCCCCGAGGAGGCCUUGCCAACGGUGCCUGAGAAGAGGGGAGAGGGGGGGCGAGCGAAGGAGCCGAAGAAAGAGGCGCUGGCAGUGUAGUUGCUCCCCUCACCACAAGGGGGCUCCCUCUGGAGGGAUGGAUGCUAAGUCCUUCCAAUACACACAUAUGUGUACUUGUGAUAUAUACUGACUGGCCACUGCAACCCUGCGAUGGAUGGAUGUGCUGACUGUGUGUGUGAAUGCCAGAGAGAGAAAGAGAGCAGGUGGAAUACGAAGGGAAACCCAAAAACAGCUCCACACCUCUGGUUCCCCCUUCAUUGACUCUAAGCCAGUGUUUCCCAACACAGUCCUCAGGGACCCUCAGGCAGUCCACGUUUUUGCUCCCUGUCAGACAGUCCACGUUUUUGCUCCCUGUCAGACAGUCCACGUUUUUGCUCCCUGUCAGACAG